AGGAACAAUUAUUUAUUUAUUUAUGAAAUUCAAGAUUUUGAGGACCAAAUGAAAUAUAACGAAGUUGAAACUAAACCUAAAAUCUUGCCGUUUCAGCACCUCAAAUUGAAUCUAUUUUCCGGAAAAGACAUGAUGUUUAUGAAUAAAAAGUACAGCGUCGGCCCAACUCAACCAAAGGCACUAUAUGUACUUCAAACCUAAUACAACUUCACAUGGCGCAUGUAUGAAUCAGAUGGCCAAAACCGGAGUGUUGAGUUCCGAUCCAACGCUGAGAGCGAGAGCGGCGGAAUUGAAGAAAGAAUUGCAGAGGCUGGUUAAGAUUAUUGUCGAUGAUGAGGAUUGCAGCGUCCAGACCAUCGAUCAAGCGAAACAUGCUCUUUGUGCUUUGAGAGAGCUUAAGUUCAAUACACGAUCGUCGGCGACCACUAUGACGUCGUCCUUGAAGUUACAUGAACAGCUGCCAUGUCCUCAAGAGUUUAUAUGUCCUCUUUCUAAAAAGCUUAUGAGAGAUCCCGUUGUUUUAUCUUCUGGUCAGACAUAUGAAAGACCCUUCAUCGAGAAAUGGCUGAAAGCAGGCAAUCGGACUUGCCCUCAAACCCAACAAGUUCUUUCCCACACAGUUUUAACUCCGAAUCACCUUGUGAGUGAAAUGAUAUCGCAGUGGUGUAAGAGUCAAGGAAUUGAAUUGCCGGACCCAGUUCAGAACCGUAUACAGGAGGGUGUCACCGAAGCAGAGCGUCUCCAUUUCUUUUCUUUGCUAGAUAAGUUAUCGGCGGCCGCGCUUCCUCAACAGAAGGAAGCGGCGAAGGAGCUGCGGUUGUUGACGAAGAACAUGCCUUCGUUCCGCUCCCUUUUUGGGGAAUCCGAGGACGCCAUUCCUCAACUGCUCACCCCACUCUCGGGAACCAAAUCCCGCAGUGGUGUUCUUCACACUGAUCUCCAGGAAGAUGUGAUUACAACGCUGUUGAACCUUUCAAUCCAUGACAGCAACAAGAAACUUGUUGCCGAAACUCCAAAGGUUAUCCCUCUUCUUAUGGAAGCUCUGAGAUUUGGGACUAUCGAAACAAAAAGCAAUGCAGCUGCUGCCAUUUUCACCUUAUCUGCUCUUGAUUCUAACAAGACGCUUAUAGGCAAAUCAGGUGCUUUAAAGCCUCUCAUUGACCUUCUAGACGAAGGGCAUCCAUUAGCAAUGAAAGAUGUUGCUUCUGCAAUAUUUAACCUAUGCAUUAUCCAUGAGAAUAAAGCAAGAGCCGUAAGGGAUGGUGCAGUAAGUGUCAUUUUGAAAAAGAUCAUGGAUGGUGUGCUUGUAAAUGAGUUAUUGGCUAUCCUUGCAAUGCUUUCGACUCAUCAAAGGGCUGUUGAAGAAAUGGGGGAGCUGGGGGCUGUUCCUUGCUUGAUUCGCAUUGUAAGGGAAAGCACUUGUGAACGAAACAAGGAAAAUUGCAUUGCGGUCCUCCACACUGUAUGUCUUAAUGAUCGAACCAAAUUGAAGGCACUAAGGGAAGAAGAAAAUUCCCAUGGAACAAUAUCUAAGCUUGCUCUAGAUGGAACAAGUAGAGCCAAGAGAAAGGCUAAUUGCAUCCUUGACCGAUUGAGAAAGGGUGUUAAUAUUACUCAUACCGCAUGAGCCAUGCAUCAUAAUCUGUAAAUUCUGUUACCAAAAUCCUGGUGAUCGCAGCAGCUUAUAUCAUCAUUCCCAUUUUUUGUAAAUUCUUGCCCUUCAUCAGAGUUUUGAUUCUCAAACUGUUGUUAAAGAAACACAAAUGGAAGAUUGUGCGUAUGAGAUUUUGUUUUGCAUUAA